CCAGCAGACAGGCAAGACCCGACCCUGGGAAUAAAAAAAACGCGCAGCCACGUCUGUUUGAAGAUUAUUUUAUUGCAGCGAGGUAGGGCAGUUCAGUGAAUUUCUCCAUGAAUGUACGUCACAAUGAUGAUGACAGACCAGAUUCCACUGGACUUGGCUCCGCCCCCCCUCCUGAACGGGGAGGUCCCGCUCAUGCCUCACAUGGUUAACGGUGACGCAGCACAGCAGGUGAUCCUGGUGCAGGUGAACCCGGGGGAAACGUUUACCAUCCGCGCAGAGGACGGCUCGCUGCAGUGCAUCCAGGGUCCUGCUGAGGUCCCCAUGAUGUCCCCGAAUGGGUCAAUCCCCCCCAUCCACGUCCCCCCGGGAUACAUCUCACAGGUGCUGGAGGAUAACACAGGGGUCCGUCGGGUGGUGGUGACCCCCCAGUCUCCAGAGUGCUACCCCCCCUCCUACUCUCCGGCGCUCUCACCCACACACCACCUGCCCCCCUACCUGGCCCACCCCCACUUCAUCCCCAACUCUCACUCUUUCUACCCCCCUGUCAGCCCCGGGGAGCUGCCCCCCCACCAGUACUACCAGCACCACCUUCCCCCCAUGUACGGCGACCCAGAAAUCAUCCCAGUGUAUGGGAUGUCUAACUACAUAGGCAGAGAGGAGACUUACAGUAAGCCACAGCCCAAAAAGAUCAAGGAACAGAGACAAUUAGAGAGACAGAACCGACUCAACUCCCCUCCCUCCACUCUCUACAAGGGCAGCCUGGGGCCAGCGCACAACGGAUACAGCAACAAAUCACACGCCCCGUCGCUGGGGUCGGUGGGGUCGGGGGGCGGAGUCAGCAGUCCAGGAGGGAAGAAGCAAGAGAGGCGACUCCGCAGCAGUCCUCGAAACAGUGAACCAGAGACACACACACAGGAUCAUGACUCAGAGGGGAAGCGGGUUCAAGACAUGCUGUCUACAAUUGACAAACCACAGGUGUCCAAUGUGCAGGCGCGGGCUGCGCGGCUGUCCUGGGCCCCCCCGGCAGGGCUGGUGAACAGGCAUAGUAACGGCAUGCCUGUCUCCUGCUCCUACGAGGUCUCUCUCUCAGACAAGGGAAGAGACGGAAAGUACCGCCUCAUAUACAGUGGAGAUGAGUUGGAGUACAAUCUGAAAGACCUAAGGCCAGCGACAGACUACCACGUACGGGUGUCAGCGCUGUAUAACUCGCUGCGAGGCUCGUGUUCAGAGGCCGGCUCGUUCACCACACACAGCAGCGUCCCAGACGUCCCCUUCCCCCCAAAACUGUCCCACCGCACCAAGACCACCCUCUCACUACAGUGGAAGCCCCCAGGCGACAACGGAUCCAAAAUCACAAACUACCUGCUUGAGUGGGAUGAGGGAAAGAAGAACAGUGUUUUCAGAGAAUGUUACUUUGGGAGCCAGAGACACUGUAAGCUGACACGACUGUUCCCUGCCAGCGGCUACACCUUCAGAGUGGCCGCACACAACGACAUAGGCACCAGUGGCUUCAGCACGGAGGUGGUGUUCUACACCAUGGGCACCCUGCCUGCCCUGCCUCUGGCACCACGGCUGGUGAGGGCGGGGGUGUCCUGGGUGACCCUGGAGUGGGGGCGUCCCGAGGGCAGCCCCAGCGAGGAGCAGCUCAAAUACACACUCGAGAUCCAGGAGGACAACAGCGGAAUGGACUUUCAUCCAAAGUACACUGGAGAAAACUUGACCUGUACUGUACAAGGCCUGAAGAGGAGUACACAGUAUAAAUUCAGGCUGAUAGCGUCGAACAUGGAGGGGAAGAGCAGUCCGAGUGAAGUUUUGGUGUGCACCACCAGUCCAGACAAACCAGGCCCCCCGUCUACACCCUGUGUCACCGCAGCUACCCCCUACGGAUUCACUGUCACCUGGGAUCCUCCCCAGGACAACGGGGGCUCAGAGGCUCUCACCUACCUGCUAGAGAUCUCAGAGGGAUGCUCCGAAGCAACCCAGUGGGAGGUAGCAUACAGCGGUCCGGCAACAGAAUGUGUGUGUGAGCGCCUGACACCUGGAACUUCCUACCGCCUACGUGUGUGUAGCAUCAGCACCGGAGGACACAGCCCAUGUACUGUUAGCGUUCCAGUCCGUACAUUAAGCGUCCCACCCGGGCCCUGCCAGCCGCCGAGGAUCGUGGGUAAAGCCAAACACAAGGAGGUGCAGUUAGAAUGGGACUCUCCUGUCUCCGAGGGAGUGUGUGAGGAGUGUGUGUUCAGUCUGGAAAUGAGCGAGGGCGACACCGAGCCAGCAGAGGUGUACCACGGGACGGAGCUGCAGUGCACCGUGGGUAGCCUGCUACCUGGUGCCACGUACAGCUUCCGACUGCGAGCUGCUAAUGAGGCUGGGUUCGGAGCGUACUCUGAGCCAACGGAGGUGACGACUGCAGCAGGGCCUCCUGGCCAGUGCGGGGCGCCACUCAUCACUCUCACCAGCAACACCUGCCUAACGCUCAACUGGGAGAGCCCCGAGGGUUCGGGGGCCGACAUCUCCGAGUACCGUCUGGAGUGGGCGCGGGAAGACGAGCCCAUGGAGCUCAUCUACUGCGGAGCCGCCACACAGUGUGAACUGUCCGACCUGACGCCUGCCACGCUCUACUGCUGCAGGCUACAGGCGGUGAAUCAGGCGGGCGUCGGUCCCUACAGCGAGCAGGUGAGCUUCCAGACCCCGGCCACCAACCCCGACCCGGUCUCCUCCCUCACCCUGCUGGACCUCCUGGCCUCCUCAGAGUCGGGCCACUCGCCCUCGACCUGCCUCCUCCUGAAGUGGGAGGAGCCGAACACCAACGGCGCCGAGAUCACCUCCUACGUCAUCACCCUGGACGACCAGACCAUCACUGUGGAGACGGGGACCAGCCACCUUGUCACGGGCCUGCAGCCAGACAGCGAGUACAGCGUGCAGAUCCAGGCGGUGAACGCCAUCGGCUCCAGUCCCUUGAGUCCACCUCUGCUGGCGAGGACGCGCCCCCUCCCUCCAGCCCCGCCCCCUCUCGAGUGCUCAGCGGCUGGCCCCCAGAGCCUGAAACUGAAGUGGGGCGAGAAUGCGAGCAGCACACACGCGCGCGGCCUGAUCGCUGACGACAUGGUCUACACACUACAGAUGGAGGACAAGAACCACAGGUUUGUGACGAUCUACCGCGGUCCCAGCCACACCUACAAGGUUCAGCGGUUGACUGAGUCCAGCAGCUACAGUUUCAGAAUACAGGCCAUCAGUGACGCUGGGGAGGGGCCCUUCUCUGACACACACACCUUCUGCACCACCAAGUCUGUACCCCCCACCCUUAAAGCUCCCAGGGUGCAUCAGCUAGAGGGGAACAUGUGUGAGAUCACAUGGGAGACUAUCCCACCAAUGAGAGGAGACCCUGUCAGCUACGUGCUUCAGGUGCUGGUGGGACGCGAGUCAGAGUACAAACAGGUUUUUAAGGGAGAGGAGGGUGUGUUCCAGAUCUCCGGUCUCCAGGGCAACACAGACUACCGUUUCCGUGUGGGCGCCUGCCGACGUUGCCAGGAUACCUGCCAGGAACUGUGCGGACCACUGAGCCCCUCCUCCUUGUUCACGCUGCGUCGCCAGGAGACGGCGUCGCCAGGGGAGCUGUGCGCCGUGGAGACGGGCAAAGGGUCGGGCUUGAUCUCAAGCGACGAGCGCUUCGCGGCGCUGAUCGUGUGCGUGUUCGCGGGCUUUUCCAUCCUCAUCGCCUGCUUGCUACAAUACUUCUUCAUGAAGUGAGGGAAUUUUAACUAUAGGAUAGAAAGAGAACGCAAAAAAAAAAAAAAGAAUCACAGUGAGAAACUUAAAGAAAAUGUCUACGAAAGAACCGAAUGAAAUCAAAAUAAACACUUGAGAUGUACUUCUAAUGCUAUGUACGUUUUGUAGUCCAAGUAUCGAUUCGGGCUUUCCUCGCCUUGUUCCUCUUGUCCUUCCCCCUUCACUCAGUUUGGUCUCAUUUCUCUCUAUGUCUGUUGUCUUUGUAUCAUUGUCUGUCUCAUUUGUUAAGGAUUUAUGUCGAGGGAAGCCUUGUCUUAGCCGUACCUCGGUUGGGAAAGAAAACUGAUGAUCAAGCCUUAAAAUAGCUGUGAGCAAAGCAGUUGCUCCUCAGACUGACUUGCAUGUUUUUAUUUUGUAUCUUUUUAAAACAUAUUCGAUUAGAGAACGUGUAUAUUUCUUGACAGUCAUUGCCUUACAUUUUUUGUUUUGUUUUGUUUUGUUUUUUAAAUGUUUAAUUUGCAUUUUUUUGCCGCAGUCUUUAUUCAUUCAGCCAUAUUCCAAUGUAGGCCUUCAAAGCUUUAGCCGUUAAUACCUUAUUAUUCAGUUUGUUACUUCUCUACCGGCUGUAGGUCAAUCCAUGCAAUCUGCACCUGCUCUCACACACAAAACACAGACAGACAAAGACACAACACACACUCAUGCGGAAAUAUACAGCCCUAUACCUGUGCGUAUACAUGCAUACAUUUACACACACCUUUAUGCACACACACACAAAAACUUUUACACACGCAAUGACAAUGAGAAUCACACACAUCUCUUCUUAAGAAGUCAAUCGCAUAUCGCCUCAGCUUUUAACGUUCAAUCACUCACUCAUUCAGCUACCAAAGUGAUGCAAUCCAUGUGUGGUGUAAGAUGCUGCUAUCCUGUGAUUUUAUUAUAUCUAAGAAAGAAUGGAAAACCAGUUAUCUAAUAUAUAUAUACACACAAUAUAUAUAUUAUAACAAAUAUCUAUGAUGCUAGAGGUGAUGUAAUAUAAGUGAUGGUAAUGUAGGGUCUGAAGUGCAGUGUGAAAGGGGAGGAGGAGUCGACUGUAGGUGCUCACAAACAGCAGCUCUGAGGUCAGUUCAGCAGCCUGCGCUGAGGUAGAGGAAACCCUUCAACACUGGCCACUGGAUCAGAAUGCAAAACUUAAUGGGUCGAGUGGCUAAAACUGACUUUGGAUCAGCUUCUAGGGAAAGCCAGCUAAGAGAUGAAGAGAAAGGAGGCCGGGCUGGAUUUACUAGGAAGGGGCUGAUGUGGGCAUUUGAUUGGCUCUCAGUGCCUGUCGUUGAUCUGUCGGUCCUUCCAUAUCCUACCAUCUCAAGUACCAUUGCUCCAGUCUAUUUAUCCGUAGCUUUAUUAGCGAUGUGCCCGUAGCAUCACAGACCCAGAGGUGCUAACAGCCUGCCAGCUAGCCGCCCUUCUCAGAGCUGUGUGUUAACCAGGAAAGCAGUAGCCAUUAGCAGUUAGCUUGAGCUUUACCCCCUCUGACAUUCAGCCAGCUGCCAGCCAGAGCAAACGCUGAAGACGAUGUAGUUUCUCCUGCCAGCUCGUGUGUGAAUCUAAAGACUCUUCUCUUCUUUUCCCUCCUCUCCUCGCCCGCGAUCACCUGUAACUACCUUUUGCUCUGGACACUUAACCAGCUCCCCUCUCGCUGUCGAUCCAUCCCUAUCCUUCAGCUCAUCCACCACUCUCUCUCUCUCCUUCUCUCUCUCUAACUCUCUCUCUCUCUCUCUCUCAAAAGGUGCUUUAUUGACAUGUAAUCAGAGCCGUAGCGAGUCUGUGGUCUCGCCUCAGUCGAACGUGUUCUCCGGGGACUUGAACUAAUGUUCACUAACCAAACAAGCCUUUGACAGAACACAACACAGCAGAACAGGGCAUUCUGACACACGUAACACCCGUAAGCCCCUCCCCCCACCCGCCACCACCACCACCCCUGCACCCCCCACCCAUCCCACAUCCUGAACCCCUUAACCCCAGACCCAAAACGAAGCCAAGGUACAGCCCAACACACCCUGAUGAUCCAAAGAAGUCACCCCGACCUGCUCGUUUACUGAGUGACCUGUCCACUUUUAUCGGGGGGGGGUGGGUACAUGGGUGUUACGGGAUGGCCCCGCCCCUAAGCUCUGAUUGGCAGCCUGUAACGUACCUCAGGGAUAAGGCCUUACCGAGGGGAGAUCUAAUCCCGUCAUCCCCAUUGCUGUCGUCAUCAUCAUCAUUAGGGUAGCUUUACUCUCUUUUUUCUUCUUCUUCUUCUUCUUCUUCUUCUCUUUCGCUCUCUCUUGCACUCGCUGGUUCUUUCUCUCCUCCUUCGUCAUCACCUUCCUCUCCUCGUUUCCGUUUUGAUGCUGUAUCUUGUCCUCUUUCGAAGCUGUGCCUUGCUCCUGUAUGUGUCAGUAAGCAAAGUGGUUUACUAGCUCAAAAUACCUUUGCCAAAGUUGAUGGGAAAGUUAAGGUAGAGUUCUUUUCUAGGUUUUAUUUAUACUAUAUAUUUGCAUACAGUACUUUACAUGCCAAUUACAGUGCAAUCUUCAUUUAUUUAUUGUUUAAAGAUUAAGAGACAAGUGUAGUUAUAUACUAAUUUUUUUCCUUGUAGCAUGUUUUUUCUUUUUUUCUUUUUUCUUUUAUUUCUUUUUUUUUUUUUUAAAUGGAUGUAUGUUAGAUUGUGUGAUUAAGGCCAGCAUUCCUUGUCUCAGUAACCCUUUAAGUAUUUCUCUUACAGCUGUUGGGAACCUGUAGCUCAUCAGUCCGUGCAUUGCAGUUAUCAUUGCCGUUUCAAACAUGUAACCAAAUGUCUAUAUAUAAUUUUUUUUUUUUUUUUUUUUUUUCAUCUCCUGCCCCGGCCGCGCACAGCCGAGCAGCUCCUGUAAUGCUUAGAGAGACAUGUAGCAAGCCAGGCCUUAAGGUCAGUUCAAGUCAUCUGUUAUGGGAUAUACGUAGCUGCCUUUGGCUUUUUUCUGAUUAGUGUUAUAAUGAAGCUUCUGAUAUCUUUUUACUGUUUUAUUGCCAAAGUGCAGGCUUCUUGUGUCCACUCGAUGUUGCUUUUAUGGUCGUCUAAAGGGUUCUGUGAUGUUCUUCUGUAACGACACAGCAUUACGAUUAUUAUUGUUGUUAUUAUUAUUCUCUCAAAAAGGAAAAAACAUUAACUUGAUCUGUGAUUAUGCUUCUUUUCAUAUUAUCUUUUAUUAUUUUAAUGUUUUUUGUUGAUUUUUUUCUGUUGUUGUUUU